UGUUCCCAUGGGGUCGUCUCACUGGGCACACUGUGAUGUUGUACACAAAGCUUGGAAAAGCAGAAUGUGCCUGUUAAGCUGAAGGAGGUGACAAGGUCUUUGAUAGUCCUUCAAAACACAUCAUUUCAUCGUUUGUUGCUACAAGAAACGUCAAGAUGGUCAGAGCAGUUGUUUGCCAAGUGCUCUUUAGAGUGGCACUUCCUGUUGUUUUGUUGCUAGCGGUGCUGUUUCGCUACAAUGUGUUCUCCUUUGUGUACUUACUUCUUCUGUUGGCCAAUCCGUUAAUUCCUGGACCUAAUUCCAGGAAUGCAAAUAUAGUACGAACAAACUGCUACCUCAAGACUGUUGUAGGAGCAAGCACUUUGUUUUGUGUGGCUCAAGUGGUCUACCAAAUAGUACUUUUAUCAACGCAAAGCUACAGCAAAGAACACAGUGCUGCUGAUAGCUGUAGCCUACAAGAACGCCUUCUAGCACUGGUUGGGCUUCAUCGGGCAGAUGGGAUCAAGGCCCCAGAAGCAUUUUGUCUUCUUGGCCUCGACUUUGUCGUGCUAUUUGCAGCUGUGUUUACCUUGGUGAUAUGUGAAAAGCUUGCCACCCCUGAGGAGACUCCGCGCAGUGGUGGUGGUGUGCAUAGACGACGACACACAUUCCUCAUGCUACUGGGUGAAUUUUUAGUGCUGCUUCUGAUGGCAGCUGCAGGAAUUCUGCACGCAUCUCUCUGUUCACUGGCCUACUUUGUGGCAUUUCUUUGGUCCGCCACAUGGCUAGGCAUGCACCGUCCGCUGGCAACAGGUUAUCGGGUCAUGCGCACUCUGCUGCUGCUCUAUAGUGCCAUGCACUUUGUGGCCCUCUACACAUACCAGCUGGACUAUAUCCAGGAGCUGGUGCCACCUGCCAGCCUGCAAGCCAGGCUUUUAGGGCUGACUUCACUGCGCAUUCCGGCUUGCAAUUCAACAGCGCCAACAGAGGCAGACAUAAGGGUGCUGCAGUUUAGGUCACUACAUUGGACACUCUACGUCAGCCCUCUGGUGUUGCUGAGUUUCUAUUUUACUGUUGCCACUGUGACUCGACUGCAACUUCUGCAGCAGUUGUCCCAUGAGUCUCCCAGCUUGGUAACGACAAGCGGUGUUGGAGGCCACGUCCCUCGCCAAGACUCUAAACGCAGUUCACAGCGAUCAGCAAUCUCCUUCUCUCGAAGGCACAGAAAAGAGAGCGGGGCCGGUGUAGAUGAAGAUGCCAUCCAGAAGGCCCCACUACUGGACAAUGACCAUGUGGGUCGGUCAUACCAGAGCAUGGCCGUCAAGGAGAGUGCGGAACCAAGUGCCAGUGGUGUCUGGACCUCUCUGGAAGGCACAGUGGUGUCUGGGGGAGCGGUGCCUUCAGCUGGAGGGGCCAGUGUAGCAACUGGCUGUGGAGCCGAGGAUGAAACAGUAGCAGGCAGCGUGCCUGAACGGGGCCCCGGUAGCCGCCAGCUCGUGCUGCUCAUGGUACUGCAGGGUUGCAGGCUGUUGACACGUGGCAGCUAUGUGGUCACCCUCAUAAUGAUGAUGGCCUGGAGCAUCACUUACCACUCAUGGCUCACAUUUGUGCUGUUGCUGUGGUCUUGUGUCCUGUGGAUGAUGCCCAGCUCCCGGUUGGCCUGCUUGCGAUCGUCGCCUGCGUUGGUGGCCUAUGCGGAGCUCUUGCUGCUGCUUCAGUAUCUGUACAGCCUGGACUUGACUGAUGAGGAGCUACCACAGCAGGUGAAUGCAGUCAACCUGGCCCAGGUGGGCCUGUUCAAGUAUGGCUACAACUCGUACCAGCCACUAGCUGUCAAGAUGCUGUACACAAUCAUGUUCUGGAUUACUUUGCGACAAUAUGUGGAGCACCAACGCACUCCUCCUGCACUUGGCAUGGAGCUUCGGCGGCAGAUGAGCAUGGGUGCAUCAAGCCUUGGCGUGGGCACACAGCUGUAUGUGCGCCGGUUGGGCCAGUUGGUGCAGCAAUGGCUGACUCGCUAUUGGAUCUGGGUGGUGGCUACCAUGCUGAUGGUAAUCUCACUGGGUGGCACCGAGGUGGUACUCUAUCGCAUCGCCUACAUGUUGCUCUUCUUGUUCUUCAUCCUCGUCUUCCAGGUCUCGUACCAGCUAUGGAUAAAAGUCAUGUAUGGCUUCUGGUUGACAGUGAUCAUCUAUUCAAUGCUGGUAUUGAUACUUAUAUACACAUACCAGUUCGAGAAGUUUCCAUACUAUUGGGAAGUCUAUUUGCACAUACCUCAAGAGAUCCAAAAGGACAUUGGUCUCGAGGUGUACCAAUCUGAUCCUGGCACUCUUUUCCUCAAACUACUGACACCUACUUUCUUCCUUAUAAUUACCAUCAUCCAGCUCCACUACUUUCACCAGGAGUUUAUUAAGCUCAAUGAAGACAACUACCGCAACCAUCCAAGCAGCCAUGAAGAAGAGGCAGCUGCCACUGAUGGCAGGCCCCAUCCACAAGUUGCACCUCCACCUCAAACUGUGGAUGUGGCCAUUCCAGUGGAAACGGCACCUCCAGUAGUAGCACCUAGCCCACCAAGCCGCCACUCAGAUGCCGAGACUUCUGAUGAAGUAGCCACGCCUGCCACUGUGGUGCCACGUGCCUCUAAAGCUAGCCAGUCACAACCGCCAGAGGUUGCUGUGUCUCCCAAAAGCCGUGAUUCAGCGUGGAUGUCUCUUGAACGCAUUGGCAGCAUGCUGUCCAAAGUAGCAGAAGUGUGCUGGCGUUUACUUGAAAUUCAUAUGAUGAAAGCUGUGCUGCUGGCAGUCUUCAUUCUGGCAAUAUAUGAUGUGUGUGCAGUGCACAUAAUAUUUGUGGCACUUGUUGUAGUGGCCUUACCAUUCCGCUGGAUGCAGCUUUUCCUCACACACUGCUGCUCCAUGUGGGCCUCCAUGCUGCUGCUUGCCAAAAUGAUUUACCAGCUGAACUUUGUUGAUCGUUAUGGCUGGGCCACGAACUGCUCAAGUGUCACUGGGUUUGAUGGAAAUGCAACUGAAUUUCCAGCUCCAUUCAAUGCUACCAUUGACAACAGAAUCUGGAUUGGGUUUCAAAAGACAACCAAUCUUACCUCUUAUUGUAAGGGCUACAUUAUGCUGAUAGUAGUAUUUUCGGCACACGCAAUGGUGCGUUACAGACAGCGCUUCUACCGGGCACGGCAUCAGCUUCCAGAGCCACGCCCUGGUGUAGUCUUUAUCCAAGCCAAUCGCUCCAAUGCUGAUGAUGGUAUCAAACAGUGCCUUAUGUACCUGCUCAAUUACUUCUUCUACAAAUUUGGUGUGGAGGUAUGCUUUGUAACAAUGGUCACCUGCAUUGGAGUGCGGCUUGACGUUUUUGCCCUGAUGACAUCGCUGUGGCUUUGUGCCAUGUUCCUGUUGCGCCGACGAAACCUUGCCAAGGUGUGGCCAUUCUAUGUGGCAUACCUCUGCUUCGUACUGCCACUUCAGUACUUAGUGGUGGUCGGGCUGCCCCCAGGUCUUUGCAUUGAAUAUCCUUGGUGGGAUCCAUCAAAAAAGGUUCUAAGGGAAACAGCACUGUGGCUCUUUUUACCUGACUACCAAGACCCACCUCUGGCUCGAAAAAUUCUUGUGGAUUUUGUUCAACUUCUAUUUGCCUGUUGUCAACUCCACGUAUUCUUCCUUGAAAGUUCGCACUCAAGCAUUGCAUAUGAAGGUGGCUCCAACAAGGAAAUUUAUGACAACACUGGCCGUUACAUUGGCCAAACACCUAACCCUAUACCUGACUUUGUCACCUACACAAGGUCAUAUCUGUCAAUGGUGAAAGUAUUCCUCUUCUUUUCCUUCUACUGGAUCACUCUGGCAGUGAUGUUCCUUGCUGGCACUAAUCGUGUCAGCCUCUUUGCCAUGGGUUAUGUGCUUGGCUGUUUCUUCUUCCUUUGGAAUGGCAAUGAAUUUUACCUCAAGCCCAUGAAUGUUCUUCUGAAAAUGUGGAACACAUUGCUGGCCUACAAUGUUGUUGUCAUCUUCAUCAAAUGUAUUCUACAGGUGGUUGGCUGCGUCUUCUUGGACUACCUGUCGAUGUACUCCUGCUGGAUGGUUCAGCUCUUUGGGAUCGCUUGUCUCAAGCGAGUGCAGAAUGAACCUCUACCUGGAAGCGGCACUGGAUUACCCAGUGCAGCGGGUGGAAGCUGCCGGGUGCCUCUAGAUGAAGCUGGCCUACUUUGGGAUGGCAUCUGCCUGGCCUUCUUGCUGAUGCAGAAGCGGCUGUUCAACUCCUAUUACUUCCAUCAUCUCAUCAUUGAGAUCUUGGCCCAGCAGCAGCUGGCCUCACGGGGAGCCGAAAUGAUACAUGAAAUCCAGAUGAAGGAUGUGCAAGAACAAAGAGCAGCUGAGAGAGAUAUUAUGGAAAAAAUAAAACGGAAGAUGGACAAAAUUCGGGCAAACCAGCACAAAGUUAGGGCUGGCGAAUAUGUUGAACCAGAAACACACUUUCAAGAGUACUCGACCCCGUACUCAACCCCUGCGGGAGGUCAGUCCCUGCUGGAGGAAGAACCUCCUGCAGGGGGAGGAGAGUCUCCAUCCAUGGGGCAGCUGACAAUGUCGCCCGUCUCAGCGGGCUUCACGGCAUACCUCGACAGCUACAUGGAGCCCCGGCUAUCAACAGCAGGGCAGCCACACGUGCGGCUUGCUAGUGUGCCCCGGCCUUCGGCCAUUGCCCCACAGCGUCAGGGGUCCAGUCGUCGCUCCUCACACUAUGCGUCCAUACGCUCUGGGGACUACUAUCUUUUUGAUGACUUUGCUGGAAUGGAUAUUGAUCUUGACCUUGAUGUCAAAAGCCGAAAAACUACAGAAGAGGAAGAUGCAGAUGUUAAAGUCAGAGGCAUCAAUGCUCUCCUGAGCAAUGCAAUGAAAAGUGGAACCAUAAAGUGUGCGUCAGAAGAUGCUCGCUUGGUGUCUGAGGAGGCAGAUGAUGUUAAUGAAUCAAGCCGUCUAUCUCCAAUUGUGAGCAUGGACAGAUCACCACUCAGUCGCACCGUUUCAGGAACAUCACAGCCAUCAAAGUCAUCUAGCAGACCGCUGCCAAGUGUGAGUGACUUGCCUUCGACAAGCGCUGAUGAAGCAGUCCUCCCAGAGGAUUCUCGUCAUGAGGUUGAGACUGCUGCGCUCCCUGCUGCACCCACCACUGCUGCUUCCAUUGCUGCUCCCACUGCUGCUCCCACUGCUGCUGCUCCUGCUGCUGCUCCCAUCAUUGUACCUUCUGGUGCUUCCAAGUCUGCACACUCUGAAGAGCCUCUACAGGUGCCAGCAAGUGAAGCACCACCACCAGAAGGUGCUGCUCAACAACCUCCAGUAGAGGACACAUAUGCUGAGAGGAUACGCAGCCUUCUAGCAUUUGGCUGGGCUCUUCUGGACAGCAUGCUGAUCAGUGCCACUGCCAAGCUCAAUUCAGUCUCCCGUGACUACCGUUACGUGGCACGCAAGCUUGCUGAUGAAAAGCGCAUUGUAAAGGCUCAGUUUGUUCAUGGCCUUGCCACCACACUUGGCGAGCACACUGUGAAAAGCAGGAAGUUCCACUUCCAUGAACACUCUACAGAAAGUCAUCAUGCUAAGACUGUGUCUGACAAGAAAGGCAGUGAGGAAAUGCUGCUCAGUGGGAGUCUGGAAAUGGUAGAUGGCCUUGACAAGCAAGAUAGUCAUAAGCACCAUCCAUCAUUAGUGCGUUUUAUGAUUGCAUGCUACUAUGCUAUUGUGUCACGCUCUGAAGUCGUUUGCUACCUAGUCAUCGUCCUCAACCAAAUGAAGUCAGCCAGCCUGCUCUCAUUGCCCCUACCUUUAAUGGCAUUCCUAUGGGGCUCAUUGUCAGUGCCACGUCCAACCAAGACUUUCUGGAUCACGAUAAUUACUUACACUGAAGCUAUUGUUGUUGUCAAGUACCUCUUCCAAUUUGACUUCUUCGACUGGAAUGACUCAGUGCCUGUAAACAGACCAUUUGACCCUCCACGCAUCUUGGGCAUUGAAAAGCGUAAGGAGGAUAACGACUAUGCACUCUAUGACCUGCUUUUGCUUUUGCUGGUCUUCUUUCACCGCUUCAUGCUCAAGAGCCUUGGCCUUUGGAAAGACACUGAUCGAAGUGUGAGUGUAUCUGCAAUCCAGCAGCAAGAGCCAGUGUCAAAUGAGGAACAGUACUUCACAGCAGCUAUACGGGCAUCUGAGCAUACCACGGCUGCACCUGGUUUACCCACCAGUGCACCACCAGAUCAGCUGCCUGGUACCAGUGGGACUCUAGAAUUAUCAGCUUUACCAGUGGAUACUGCUUCAUCGGCAUCAAGAUGCUAUGAUGAUGUUAUACCAGGGCAGAGUGGCUUGGAAGAGAGUUUUGUUCAUCUGAGCAAGCUAUUUGAUGGCAUUUCUCGCUAUGUGGAACCAUUCCGCAACUUCUUUGAAAACCUGCUGCACCCUGUGUACAGGGUAACUACAGAUGUUUAUGCUUACAUGUUCUUCUGCGACUUCAUCAACUUCUUUAUCAUGGUCUUUGGCUACUGGGCCUUCGGUACUGGAGGGUCCGAAGAUGGUGUUGCAUCAUAUUUUCAGAAAAAUGAGGUGCCUGUGCCUUUCCUGAUCAUGCUACUGGCACAGUUUGCUCUUAUUGUGAUCGACCGUGCGCUCUAUUUGCGCAAGUACAUCCUGGGCAAGCUGAUAUUCCAGGUGUUCAUAGUAUUUGUUAUCCAUAUCUGGAUGUUCUUUGUACUGCCAGGCAUUUCUCAACGAUCCUUUGUGGAAGAGAAGAACUUGCCACCAAAACUGUGGUAUUUCAUCAAGUGCAUUUAUCUGAUCCUCUCUGCAUAUCAAAUACGGUCUGGCUAUCCCACUCGGAUCCUAGGAAACUUCUUCUGCAAGAAGUACAACUACAUUAAUUACUUCCUUUUUAAAGGCUACAUGCUGAUCCCUUUCUUAUAUGAGCUGCGUUCACUCAUGGACUGGAUUUGGACAGACACAAGCAUGAAUCUGACCAACUGGCUUAAGAUGGAAGACAUAUUUGCCAAUGUUUUCCUGCUCAAGUGUCAGCGACGAGCCGAGGAAGAGUACCCAACUCCUCGGGGCUCACGACGUUCGUCACUCACCAAGUAUGGCUUGGGUGGAGUCAUGCUAUUUGCCAUCAUUUUGGUCAUCUGGUUCCCACUGCUGCUCUUCUCGUUGGGUAACACUGUUGGCCAGACCCUUCUUCCACAUGAUUGUACUGUGGAGCUGAGCCUUGGUGGCUAUGAGCCCAUCUUCAAGAUCAGUGCACAGCAGGGAAACCUACGACAGCUGCCCUAUGAUAGCUGGGUCCGUCUGCAGGCAGAAUACAAGUCCAGUGCAGCGGCCCAGGCAUUCUUGGCCAAUUAUGAUGCAGCUGAUGUUGCUGUGGUGACCUUGAAUGGCAACUCAACUGCCAUCUGGACAGUGAGCCCCCCGAGCCAGGAGGCCCUUAUCGCAGAGUUGAACCGCUCAGCUGUGCCCCUUCGCCUCAGCUGGGCCUUCUCUCGAUCAGUGGAUAACACUAAUGCAGAGAAAGUCGUCGGCAAUGAGCGAACAGUGCAAAUUUCCGACAAGGCAGUACGACAGAGUUUGGCAGAGAUGCUUCAUGGAACGCCCAACAAUGUUACGGUGCCUCCCAUCUUACCCCGCUUCCUCCUGGUACCACGCAAGGGCAAAUCGGAUGUGAUUCGAGCUCUAGACACACCUGGCAUGGGACCAUACCGUAACUUGACUCUUCGACUGCGAACAGGAGCCUUCAACAACUUGAGUGCUCGCAGUGAAUGGUGGGAAGUACAAGAGCACUGUACAGAUUCAUAUCCAUAUCCAUUCCUGCGUGAUGAUCAAGGCUCAUGCACUGACUUAAGCCUAGUUGUCUUCAAUGACAAAGUCUUCCCUCAAGCCCUCUCACAGCUGACUGGAUAUGGAAUUGCGGGGCUAUACACCACCUUCGUGCUCGUCGUUUCCCGUUUGAUCCGUGGUUUCAUGGCUGGCAGCUCAUUCACCAUCAUGUUUGACGACAUGCCAAAUGUGGAUCGUGUGCUUCAGCUUUGCCUUGACAUCUACCUUGUGCGGGAAAGCCGUGAAUUAAGCCUUGAAGAAGACCUGUUUGCCAAGCUGAUAUUCUUGUAUCGUUCUCCAGAGACCUUAAUCAAAUGGACACGUGCUGCAGACCAGCAACCACUGGCCUGAUAGCAUCAAUGUCGACAGAUUCUGUUGCAGUUUACCGAUUAUGUUGUGCCAUUUUGAUACUUCCAUCGUUUUUAUCUUCACUGCAUUGAACACUGUGAGGCUGUGGCAGCAAACUUAUUGCACCACAGGUGCUUAUGCCCACCCAUCCAUGUACUUUUAAAAAUGUGCCUGCCCUACAUUAUGGGCCUUGCAAUACUUACUAUGCCAUCGUUGGAACUAGAAGAAUCUUAGACUAUGCAAAAUAUUAUAUAGUAUAAUAACAAGCAGCAUUUCUCUUUUGUAAAAAAUGCAAGCCUUGUUAUUUUUGGCGAGUGCCAUAGUUUAGGGCACCUGUCUUGGUCUUUCAGAUUGUGGUGAUGUGCAGUGCUUUGUAUCAUUUGUAAUAUAUUUUUGUACUGUGAUGCGAUGCAUAGAAACAUCCAAAGAUUCAUUAUGCUCGAAUAAGUACUCUUGUAUAUGCACGCCUGAUGUCGUGAGAUACUGUUUACUUGAAGUAUGUAAGCCAACAGAACUGGCAUAUGGAAGGUUUGUUCCUGCUGAUGUUGCUACCUGAGUGUAAGGACCAUAAUAAUGUAAUAUUGAAUGAUGAGGCUUGGGUGUAAAUUUCUUGAGUAUUUUUACUGUUAUAAUUGUUUUAUUAAAUGUGUCAUAGUUUCCUGUAUAAAUGUAAAUCAGGAGCUUGUUUCUGUUUGAGGUUAAGUUUGUUUGUAUGUGAUAAAGCAAAAAAGCUGCUUAUGAGUCAGUUUUGGCAUCCUAUAAUUGAUAUCUUGUCUGAUUACGCUUACUUGUACUGUUCACACAGGAGUGGUAUUUAAGUUAAUGGCUGUGAAGCUGUAACCCUUUUUAUUUCAAAAAUAAAAAUUCACUAUGCAAGUUGG